AUGUCAAAUCUAUUCGAUACAAGCAAUAUAGAUAUCGAUCCGUGGAAUGAUAAUAGUGUUUCAGGGAAAAUAAAGAAAAAGAUAGCCACGGAUAUUUUGAAUAAUGUCAUAGAUGAUACAAAGGAAAAAUUAAAUAUAAAUCAUAAUUUGUUAGAUAAUUUCAAUGAGAAUUUCAACGAUGACAUCUUGGAAAAUAUUAACAUGCAUAUUGCAGGUGUCUCGUUAGACAAAGAUCCUACCACCACCACAACAACUCUUAACAACACAUCAAAUACAGAUAUGGAACCUCUCUCUAACGACUAUUCAUUUGAAAAAUUCAACUUUGAAAAAUUAAUCAGUUAUCAAUAUUUGGAAUUUGCCGAUUUCGAUCUUAAUGAAUUAUUGAAAUUAUUGAUCUCUUUACCAGCUAGAUACCCACACAAGACGACCUAUCCUGCUGCAUUGUUGUACCAAUGUAUAAGAUAUGCAGAUCAUAAGAAAAACUCCAAGCCCCUAGUAGAACAAUUAAUCAACUUAUCCUUUACUAAAAUCUUAUCCCAUAUCACAUUCACUUCUACUCAAUUAAAUCAACAAUCAUCGAAUUCAAAUUCAAAUUCCAAUGCAACUGCAAACUCUGGCGGUGAUAUAGUUUCAUUAUCAUACUGGUUAGGCUGUCUUUCAUUUUUAUUCUAUUACCUCGUGAAAGAUCAAGAUUUUUUCAAAAGAUAUCCUUCAAUCUUACAAGAAUUCAUAACUACAAUCCAAUCUAUCAUGAUUCAAUUGACCUCCUCUAUUCAUUCAAGAAUAUUACCGACUUUAGAUAAAACUAUAUUAGCUUAUACUUCUAUUGAAGAUGUAAAAUAUACUCUGUAUAAAAAUGAUUGGAAUUUUUUUAAAAAGAGAAAGCAAUUGAAUAAAGAAAAUAAAGAUCCCAAAGAAAAUAAAGAACUCAAAGAAAAUAAUAAAGAAAAUAAUAAUACAGAGACUCUUCCAACUGAUACUGCAUCAGAUUCUACCGAAAAUCUUUCCACCAAUGAAGAUCCUACCCCAAGAAAUAGUAUCAAUACUUCCAUUGAUCAAGCUUCUACUUCUUCAAAUUUCGAUGCAUCAGUAAUAAAUCAUUUAAAACCUCCAUCUUUUGAAGAACAAAUGAAACCUUCUCCAAUCAAAAUUGUUCAAAUCUUUGGUGCCUUAUCUUAUGUAUUAAAUUUGCAUGAUAUUCAUCCAAUCUUCAAACAACAAUGUCUUUCCAUGUCAAUAAAUUGGUUUGCCAAUAGUUUAUUUAAUAUUAUAUUAAAGGAUAAAUUUAAAACUAUAAAUCAUCAUACAAAGAAAAUGAAAUUAUUAUCAAGAUCAAGAGCCAUUCAAGUCAGAUUAAAUUUAUCAACUUUAGAAACUUGGAUCAUUAAUAAUGAUAUUAAUAUUGAAAAACCUUUAUUGAUUGAUGAUUUUAUGUGGCAAAAUUACCCAUAUACUUUAAUUAAUGAUAUUACAAAUAUUACCAAUCAAAAUGAAUUUUUCCAAUUGAAAAAUAUUACCACCUAUAAACCUUUAAAAGAUAAUGACUAUAAUUACUCUACAGAUAAUUCUUUAUUUUAUUAUCAACAUUUUUUCAAAAUUGCACAAUUCCAUUUAAAACCUUUAUUUCAAUUAUUACAGUGGUUACAAGUAGCAACAACUUUAAAAGAUGAAGAAGAAUUGAAAAAUACUAUUAACUUAUUAUCUUCUUUAACCCCAGCUCAAUUAUUAAAAUCAAUAGAUAAAUAUAAUUAUGAAUUAAACGAACAUAAAUUUAAAUCUUCUUUAAGGAAAAAAUUAUCAAAUUUAGUAAAGUCAAAAGAUAAUCCUUCUAAUUUUGCAAAAAAUUCAAUCACUUAUUUGCCAGAAAGAAUAAUACCCGAUUUAGUCUUACCAACUAUACAAGACUUAACAAACGUUUAUUCUCCAAAUUUAGCAAAUUCACAAAAACAAAUUUCUUCAAAUAAUAAUUUCAUAAAUUCAAAUUCAAAUUCAAAUUCAAAUUCACCCGUCCCAUUACAACAAUCAGAUUUCAAUGGUCCAUUAAAUAAUAAUUCUGAUGAUAAAAUAAUUACUGAAGAAGAUAUUUAUAAUUAUCAACCUUUCCUACCUGCAGAAAUUCAAGAUGAAGUAUUUGAAAUUCAUGAUAAUAAUUUGAAAAAACGUCAACAUAACGAUUAUCAUGCAAAUAAUACUUUACAAGAUGAGGAAGAUGAAGAUGAAGAAACUGAAGAUAGGGAGGGAAACGAUGAAAGUGCUGAUCAAGAUAAUGAUAUAAAUGAUGAAGAUUCAAAUAAAGAGCAAAUAGAUGAGGAACAUCCUGAAAAUAAUAACUCUACCACCAAUAAUAAUGAUAAUAUUGGCGGUGAUGAUUAUUUUAAAGAUUUCAAUCUACCUUCAUCUUCCGUAAAUCAACCUUCUUGGUCAUCAAAUACUGAAAUUGAAGCUAAUCCUUGGUAA